UGUGUGUGGAUGGACGCGCCGCGGUGUUUCUUUCUGCUCCGGAUUAUUAUUUCUCCUGUGAGCGCAUGACAUUUGUACCUGUCCGGACUCCUCCCGCCGUCCACACCUGAGCCCAGCUCACUCAGGUUUCAUGUGAGGAGACGAAGAAGAAGAAAGGAGCAGCGGCAGCGCGUGGGACUGUGGAUUUAAAUCACUGAUUGGACUUUCUGCGCGUUUCCGUGCAGUCAUGCCCCAUUGAAGCUGACUCUUCAUCAGACCUGCAGCCAACUCUUCUCUCCUCCCCUCCUCUCCUCCUCCAUCCCUCCAUCCUCUCCUCCUCUCUCUGUCCACCAUGCUCCCAUCCUCCUCCUCCUCCUCUCCUCUCAUCCUCUUCCUUCUCCUCUCCCUCCUCCUCCUCUUCUCCCCCCUCCUCUCUGCCCCAGCUGUUCCUCCCCCUCCCUCCGUGGCGUCGAGCAGGGCGGCGUACAGAGCGUUCGACACCUCGCUCACCCACCUGACCGUCCACCGGAGGACAGGUGAGGUGUUCGUAGGCGCUGUCAACAGAGUGCUGAAGCUAUCGGCCAAUCUGACGGAGCUGAGGAGUCACAUGACCGGACCUGUGGAGGACAACGCCAAGUGUUACCCUCCACCUAGCGUCAGGGCCUGCGCUCACAGGCUGGACUCGUUGGAUAACGUGAACAAGCUAUUACUGGUGGAUUAUACUGGGAACAGACUGGUGGCGUGCGGCUCGAUAUGGCAGGGCGUGUGUCAGUUCCUCAGACUGGAGGAUCUCUUCAAACUGGGAGAGCCGCAUCAUCGCAAAGAACACUACCUCUCUGGAGCCAGAGAGGCUGAUGGGAUGGCAGGUGUGGUUGUCGGUGAGGACGACUGGACGGCCGACCCUAAGAGAAAGAAGCCCGUGAAGGGAGGGAGCCGCCUGUUCAUUGGCGCCGCUAUCGACGGGAAGUCUGAGUACUUCCCCACGCUGUCCAGCAGGAAGCUGGUGGCGGACGAGGAGAGCGUCAACAUGUUCUCGCUGGUCUACCAGGAUGAGUUUGUCUCCUCGCAGAUCAAGAUCCCGUCAGACACGCUGUCCCUCUACCCGGCCUUUGACAUCUACUACGUCUACGGUUUCUCCAGUCGCACGUACGUCUACUUCCUGACUCUGCAGCUGGACACGCAGCUGACGCAGAUGGAUGCCGGCGGGGAGAAGUUCUUCACCUCUAAGAUCGUCCGGAUGUGUUCCAACGACACCGAGUUCUACUCGUAUGUGGAGUUUCCUCUGGGCUGCACCAAAGACGGGGUGGAGUACCGGCUGGUGCAGGCCGCCUACAAACAGAAACCAGGGCGGCGGCUGGCCCACGCCCUCGGCCUGUCCGAGGACGACGACGUCCUCUUCGUCGUCUUCUCACAGGGUCAGAAGAACCGCUCGAACCCCCCCAGAGAGACGGUCCUGUGUCUGUUCACGCUCCACGACAUCAACCUGGCCAUGAGGGAGAGGAUCCGCUCCUGUUACCGAGGCGAGGGCCGCCUCUCCUUACCGUGGUUACUGAACAAGGAGCUGCCCUGCAUCCACACGCCGAAGCAGAUCGGAGAUGAUUUCUGUGGUCUGGUGUUGAACCAGCCACUUGGAGGUCUGAGGGUCAUCGAGGGAAACCCGCUGUACGAGGACCGCACGGAGGGCAUGGGCGCCGUGGCGGCGUACACCUACGGAGAACACACGGUGGUGUUCGUGGGAACGCGCAGCGGGCAGCUGAAGAAGAUCCGGGUGGAUGGAAUCCCACCGCCGGCCCAGAAUGCUUUGCUGUAUGAGACUGUGACGGUGGUGGAAGGGAAGCCGAUCCUGAGAGACAUGGUGUUCAGUCCGGACCAUCAGUACAUCUACCUGCUGAGUGACAGACAGGUGACCAGGCUUCCCGUGGAGAGCUGCGAGCAGUACGGCAGCUGCUCCGGCUGCCUGGGAUCAGGAGACCCUCACUGCGGGUGGUGUGUCCUCUUCAACAAGUGUUCCAGACAGGAAGCGUGUGACAAGUGGGAGGAGUCUCAGCACUUCAACACCCGGCUGGACCAGUGUGUCGACAUCUCCGUUACCCCGAGCAACAUGUCCGUCACCUCCCCGGCAACACAGUUGACCAUUCGUGUGCAGAACGUGCCGGCGCUGUCGGGGGGCGUGUCCUGCGUGUUCGAGGACCUGAGCGAAACCCCAGGAGAGGUGCAGGCUAAAGGUCAGGUGACCUGUCUGUCCCCGUCGCUGAGAGACCUGCCGACGCCCACACACACCUACGGAGAGAAGCGAGAGGUCCAGCUGAGUCUAUAUCAGGGUACUGAGUGCACUUCCUGUGUCAGCAGUGUGUUUCCGUGUCACUGGUGUAAAUAUCGUCACGUCUGCACCAACAACCUGCAGGACUGCUCCUUCCAGGAGGGGCGGGUCAGCAACAUGGAGGGUUGUCCUCAGAUCCUCCCCACCUCUGACAUCCUGGUCCCGGCCGGGAUGGUUCGUCCAAUCACGCUGCGGGCUCGUAACCUCCCGCAGCCUCAGUCGGGUCAGAAGAACUACGAGUGUGUGUUCAACAUCCAGGGAAAAGUCCAGCGCAUCCCGGCGGUCCGCUUCAACUCGUCCUGCAUCCAGUGCCAGAACACCUCGUACUGGUACGAGGGCGACGAGGCUGGUGAUCUCCCCGUGGAUUUCUCUAUUGUCUGGGAUGGAGAUUUCUUCAUCGACAAGCCUUCAUCUAUGAAAGCGUUGCUGUAUAAGUGUGAGGCUCAGCGCUCCAGCUGCGGUCAGUGCCUGAAAGCUCCUGCGGCCUUCGAAUGCGGAUGGUGCACCGAAACCAGGAAGUGUCUCCUGCGGCAACACUGUCCUACACCUGAACAGAACUGGAUGCACCACGGUCGCCACAACCUGCGCUGCAGCCACCCGCGCAUCGCCAAGAUCGACCCUCUGACAGGUCCUCGGGAGGGGGGGACGCGGGUGACGAUCGAGGGGGAGAACCUGGGUCUGCAGGUGAAGGAGAUCGCUCACGUUCAGGUUGCCGGAGUCCGCUGUAACCCCGUCCCCUCGCAGUACAUCAGCGCCGAGAGGAUCGUGUGCGACAUGGCCGAAGCUCUGCUGCCUCACUCUCCGGGCGGUCCGGUCGAGCUCUGCAUCGGCGUCUGCAGCGCCGAGUACCGAACCCUCUCCACCCAGACCUACUCCUUCGUGAGCCCCAGUUUCAGCCGUGUUCGUCCAGAGAAGGGGCCUGUUUCUGGGGGAACCCGACUGACGGUGACGGGUCGACAUCUGGACGCCGGCAGCACCGUCACCGUUUACAUCGACAAGGAGGAGUGUCUGUUUGUCAAACGGACCAAUCGGGAAAUAAUCUGCAUAACACCCGGCUCCCUAACCGGCUCUGGCCCCGCCUCCAUCCGCCUGAUGAUUGACAGGGCCGAGGUGACGAGCUCGGAGACCAAAUACAUGUACACAGAGGACCCGACCAUCACCGGCAUCGAGCCAAACUGGACCAUCCUCAACGGCAGUACAGUGAUAACAGUGACAGGAACCAACCUGCUGACCAUCCAGGAGCCCAAAGUCAGAGCCAAGUACGGAGGAGUGGAAACCAACAACUUCUGCUCUGUAGUCAACGACAGCACCAUGACGUGUCUGGCUCCUGGUUUGGUCUACAGUAAACCCACCCCGCCAGAGGGGGCGCUGCGGCCCGACGAGUUUGGCUUCGUCUUUGACCAGGUCUCCUCUCUGCUGGUCCUGAACUCCACCCCCUUCACACACUACCCCAACCCGACCUUUGAUCCCCUGGGGAAUUCUGGGAUCCUGGAGGUCAAACCAGGGUCACCCAUCAUCCUCAAGGGUAAGAACCUGAUCCCUCCGGCUCCGGGGAACAACCGCCUGAACUACACGGUUCUGAUUGGAGAGUCUCCCUGCCUGCUGACCGUGUCAGAGAACCAGCUGCUCUGUGAUUCGCCAGAUCUCACGGGAGAACAGCGAGUGCUGAUCCUAGUCGGCGGUCUGGAGUAUUCCCCGGGUACGCUCCAUAUCUACUCCGACAGCGCCCUGACGCUUCCCGCCAUCAUCGGCAUCGGAGCUGGCGGAGGCGUGUUGCUAAUCGCGAUCAUCGCGGUGCUCAUCGCCUACAAGAGGAAGACUCGCGACGCCGACCGGACGCUGAAACGCCUCCAGCUGCAGAUGGAUAAUCUGGAGAGCCGGGUGGCGCUAGAGUGCAAGGAGGCGUUUGCAGAGCUGCAGACGGACAUCCAGGAGCUGACCAACGACAUGGACGGAGUGAAGAUCCCCUUCCUGGAGUACCGGACCUACACCAUGAGGGUCAUGUUCCCUGGAAUAGAAGAACACCCCGUCCUCAAAGAGCUGGACUCUCCAGCUAACGUAGAGAAAGCUCUGCGUCUCUUCAGUCAGUUACUGAACAACAAGAUGUUCCUGCUGACCUUCAUUCACACUCUGGAGGCUCAGAGGUCGUUCUCCAUGAGGGACAGAGGGAACGUCGCUUCGCUGCUGAUGGCUGCUCUGCAGGGUCGGAUGGAAUAUGCUACAGUGGUGUUGAAACAGCUGCUGGCCGACCUGAUUGAGAAGAACCUGGAGAACAGAAACCAUCCCAAGCUGCUGCUGAGGAGGACGGAGUCUGUAGCCGAGAAGAUGCUGACAAACUGGUUCACCUUCCUGCUGCAUCGGUUCCUCAAGGAGUGUGCAGGCGAGCCUCUCUUCAUGCUGUACUGUGCCAUAAAGCAGCAGAUGGAGAAAGGCCCGAUCGACGCCAUCACCGGGGAAGCUCGCUACUCUCUGAGUGAAGACAAACUCAUCAGACAGCAGAUCGACUACAAACAGCUGACUCUGAUGUGUAUCCCUCCGGAGGGCGAGGCCGGGACGGAGGUGCCGGUGAAGGUGCUGAACUGUGACACGGUGACUCAGGCCAAAGACAAACUGCUGGACGCCGUCUAUAAAGGAAUCCCGUUCUCUCAGAGACCUCAGGCCGACGACAUGGACCUCGAGUGGCGUCAGGGCCGACUGACCAGGAUCAUCCUGCAGGACGAGGACGUGACCACCAAGAUAGAGAGCGACUGGAAGAGGCUGAACACACUGGCACACUACCAGGUAACAGACGGCUCUCUGGUGGCGCUGGUCCAGAAGCAGGUUUCUGCCUACAACAUCGCCAACUCCUUCACGUUCACCAGAUCGCUGAGCAGAUACGAGUCGUUACUUCGGACGUCCAGCAGUCCUGACAGUCUGAGAUCCAGAGCUCCGAUGAUCACCCCGGACCAGGAGACAGGAACUAAACUGUGGCACCUGGUGAAGAACCACGAGCACAGCGAUCAGAGAGAAGGAGACCGAGGCAGCAAGAUGGUUUCUGAGAUCUACCUGACCAGACUGCUGGCCACCAAGGGGACGCUGCAGAAGUUUGUGGACGACCUGUUUGAGACGGUGUUUAGCACCGCCCACCGGGGCUCUGCUCUCCCAUUGGCUAUCAAAUACAUGUUUGACUUCCUGGAUGAGCAGGCCGACAAACGACAGAUCAGCGACCCGGAUGUUCGGCACACCUGGAAGAGCAACUGCCUUCCUCUCAGGUUCUGGGUGAACGUCAUUAAGAAUCCUCAGUUUGUGUUCGACAUCCACAAGAGCAGCAUCACUGACGCCUGCCUGUCGGUCGUCGCUCAGACCUUCAUGGACUCGUGCUCGACGUCUGAACACCGGCUCGGCAAAGACUCUCCGUCCAACAAGCUGCUCUACGCUAAAGACAUCCCCAACUACAAGAGCUGGGUGGAGAGGUACUACAGGGAUAUUGCAAAGAUGCCCAGCAUCAGUGAUCAGGACAUGGACGCCUACCUGGUGGAGCAGUCCCGUCUCCAUGGCAACGAGUUCAACACACUGAGCGCCCUCAGCGAGCUCUACUUCUACAUCAACAAGUACAAGGAAGAGAUCCUGACGGCGUUGGACCGGGACGGGUAUUGUCGCAAACACAAACUGAGGCACAAACUGGAGCAAGCCAUCAACCUGAUGUCUGGGAGCAGCUGAGAGGAGGAGAAGGACUGAUGGACCGAUGGAUGGAUGAGGGGAUGUGGAAGAAGAAUGGGGGAGGAGGAAGUGAGGGCGUUUUAUUUUUCUGAACUGUUUGAACAGUCAGCUGAACUGCUCAGUGUUGGACCGAACUGACAGCCACAGCUCCGGCUCUUUAGCAAUCAAUCCAUCAGCAAUUUAUUUGUCAACUGAUCGAUUGAUUGAUUUGAAGACUGAUUAACUGGCUAGCUGGGGCCCCAACUACCUCCGUUCGGUGGAUUUUUGGGGCAGAAAAUCAGUUUCCAAACCGAUUUGGAUACAUUUACAACAUGACUUCAACGUGGAAUGGAGUCAUUUUGAGGCAAAAAAUGAACCUUCUUGAUGCAUCUGUCGGUUUGGAUUUGGAUUUAAAUUCACUGCAGUUGUAAGCAGGGAUCGAAGCAAGCGGGCGUGGCUGUGGAAAAACCUGGAAACGAGGCUAAAGACUGAGUUAUGUUUAACCACACGAUGGAUGUGAAAUGAGGACUAAUCGACCUGACUUCAGGAUUCACAGCCUGGAACUGUCUGCACGCUGGGUCGAAGAGUAAAAGGUCAAGUCACGUUUCCGUCAAGGCUGCUGACUUCACCUUGUUCUGGUCUGAAGGAUCGAGAAACUAAGAUGAUGGUCAGAAGGUCACAGUAAGAUCGCAUCAGGCUCAACCUUUGGAGCCUCUUUGUAGUCUGGAUGAAUCCGGGCUGAAUAAUAAAAGGUUGAGUCGAAGCUUACCGCAGAAGGUCAAAGCCUCUGUACUGAUGCGGUUAGUUUGGACCAUUUACCCUCACCUU